AUGUCUCAAGUAUUUGUCAAGAUUACUGACUUCUUGGUCGUCCGAUUCUUUGAUUCGCCACACGACGAGCUCAACAAUAAACUUGUUGUACCAGUAAGAUUUACUGAUACAAAUAAGAGCACAAAAGUCUUUAUGUGUUACACACACGAUCUGUGGUUAAAUCACGAAGAACCUCCAAAAUAUGCUACGUUACGCUCAGCUUCUGAACUUUCCCAACCUGUGACGACAUCAUCAACUUCUGGUAUCCAUCAUCAAUUAGUUCAUGAAAAUCAUGAACAGGUAGAACAGCUUCACCAUCAACAACUACAACCUCAAGAACAACAACAGGUGCUGCUUAGUACACAAUCAACUUCAAGAUCAGGAUCGAUUGACAUUUUCACUAAGAAAAGCUUGUCUAUGUGUUAUACAAGUACUGGGUCUGCCUUAUCUCUACCUCCCAAAAAAAAAGAUAUUUAUCGACCAUACAGCCUUCAAUCCAGUGACAUACGUACUUCGGCUGAAGAAGAUCUUUCUGCAGCUCAGGCAAUUCUUGAUCUCAGUGCCUCUCCAGCUGCACCUACUAACUCGGUCUUUGUCCAUACUCUGUCAUUGCCAACUACUACUUUGGUGCAACAAAGUUUAUCUACGUCUCACCACCAUCAAAAUUUACAGCAAUCGUUCCAUCAGCAGAAGCAACAUGAAGAACAACAUAAACAAGUAUCUAUUUCUGUACCCGUUCCGGUUCUUGUUUCAACGCCAUCCUCUGAAACUGUUCCUCUACAGGUGUCUCACAAAAACGAAGUUCAGCAACGUUCUCGAUCACCUGCUAUGUCUGAAUCGAAUACUCUUAAUAUAAGUAGUGUUAGCACAAGUAGCUUAAAUACUACCGCUGAUACGCCAGUUUCUACUUAUCCUGUGAAUACACGCCCAAAAACAGUUGCCUAUACCUAUAAAGCAUUUUUUGUUUCUGACGGACGUUCUAAGCGACGCUCUGAUAGUAUGACAGCACCACAAAAAGAAACUUCUACUCCACCUGAACGUCCCAAGUUUACUUGUACUGAGUGUGGUAAACAGUACGCUACUUCUUCAAAUUUAUCACGACAUAAACAAACACAUCGAAGUCUAGACUCUCAAUCUGCAAAAAAGUGCAUACAUUGUGGAAAAGCUUAUGUGAGCAUGCCUGCCUUAGCUAUGCACAUGUUGACGCAUAAGCUUGCUCAUAGCUGUGCUGUUUGUGGAAAAAUGUUCUCAAGACCAUGGCUUCUACAAGGUCAUCGACGUAGCCAUACAGGCGAAAAGCCUUAUGGUUGUGCUCACUGUGGUAAGGCCUUUGCUGAUAGGUCAAACCUGCGUGCCCAUAUGCAAACGCACUCGACUGACAAGAACUAUGAAUGCUCACGCUGCCAUAAAACUUUUGCUUUAAAAUCCUACCUCAAUAAACACUUGGAGUCUGCUUGUUUAAAAGAUGAUGAUUUAGAGACUAAUGAAAGUAUAACUAACACAUGCCACCAACAAAGACCACAACAAAACCAAGAGCAACAAAAUCGGGGAUUAUAG